AUGAAUCCAACGAAUUUAGCAAUAUUUCGAGGAGUCUGUCUAGCUGGUCUUAUCUCGCUUUUACAUUGUGCCUAUUCAGCUGCACAGCAUCGAUUUUAUUUACGAUUAACGGAACAACCGUUCACGCGAUUACCUCUUGAUAUUGCAGUACAAACAAUUGUAAGCUUAAUUGCAUUCGUUUAUAGUGCCACUUGUAUUGCCGGAGAAUUUCAACCAAUCCGUUCUGAUUUGCAGAAUCGUGCAAAAUCAUGGGAUACAGUUGGAAACUGCCCAUCAUUUUAUACAUUCGACCAUCGUGCAAAAACUCUUUCACCAUCAUACAGCGACUCAUCCCAACAAUACUGCGAUUCUUCACUGAUAAUAAUUACUUCAUACGAACGAAAAGCGGCGUCAUUUGCGGCCGUUAUCUCUAAGUGUAUCGGGAAUGAUAUGCCUACAAAGUCUUCAAUGGGAAAAGAAGGAUCAUCGCAACGAACUCCGCAAUUAAGACCUCUUUCCAAAAAGGUAAUAAGCGAAUCCCUUCAUCAAUGUUUACAAUUGACUCGUGAGCGAGACUAUACAAAUUAUGUUGCCGGAUUGGUGAUGCCGUCGGAAAUCCAACCCGCUUUGUUUACUCUGCUGGCUUUUAAUGUUGAAUUAGCUGUUAUUCGAAACCAAGUUGUUCGUAACUCAGGACUUUCCGGAAUAUAUCGUUUGCAGUUCUGGAAGGAUACAUUAGAUAUUUUAUAUGGUCAAGCGAACGGACCAUUGCCUCGACAACCAGUUGCAGUAGCUUUAAGUCUCUUUGGACAUCGUUUUGAUGAACAUUUACUGCGAAAUUUGAUUACUGCAAGGCAAAGAACGUUGGGCGAUCGUCCAUUUGAUUCUCUUAACGAUGUCAAGAAAUAUGGCAUCGAAACUACAGGCUCCGUAACUCAACUGAUAAUGCAUUUGCUUUCCGGCUCUCAUGAGGCUAAUGCGAUACUGCUUUCUGAAGAAACAAUCCAAGCAGUGGAAUCAAUGUCACAUGCUGUUUCAGUUAUUACUUUAAUCAGAUCGAUAAUGCCAUUACUGGCAAGAGGGAUCUUCCUACUUCCGAAUGAUCUAAUGGAGAAAUAUCAGUUAAGUGCAGAUGACGUAUUCGGGAAUAAAAAGCAGAAUGCAUUGCGUGAUUUAGUCAAGGAGCUUACUAAUAUAGCAGAGGAAGAACUUCUAAAAAGCAGACAAUAUCGUGAAAGCAUCCAACCAAACCUACGACUGGCGCUUAUGGCAAGCGGUGCAACGUUGGAUCACUUAGUGAAAACGCUUCAUAAGAGCAACUAUAAUUUACUAAAUACACAACUUCAACAUGGAUACGAUCUUCUUGCGUGGCGUUUUUGGUGGCGUAAGUUGCUCGGUCGAUACUGA